AUGGCAUACGGUCUUCCCGACUGGCUCACCGGCGGCCCAUCCACCACCUCCUCCGCAAAUCCCAAAGGCCCACCUCGAUCAAACGACGGCGGCUACAUAGCGCCCGACAGAACAAAGCGGGAAGUGUGCUACGAGUCACGAGACAUCUUCUUUAAGUGCCUAGACAAGCACGAUAUCCUGGAUGCAGUCAAAGACGAUGAGAAGGCGCGGCAGAGCUGUCCCGAGGAGGUGACAGCAUAUGAGCGGGAUUGCGCGCGGAGUUGGAUCAAAUACUUCAAGGAGAAGCGAGUGGUAGAUUGGAAACGAGAUCAAACAAUAGCCGCAAUACAAGAGGAAGAUGCCAAGGCAAUAGCAAAGGCGAAAGAGAAGAGAGGCGGCUGGUUUUAG